AUGAGUGAAGAAGGACCUCAAGUAAAGAUAAGAGAAGCCACAAAGGAUAAUGUUGACUUUAUUCUUUCUAAUGUAGACCUGGCGAUGGCAAAUUCAUUACGUAGAGUGAUGAUAGCCGAAAUUCCAACAUUGGCUAUUGAUUCUGUUGAAGUGGAAACUAACACUACUGUAUUAGCAGAUGAAUUUAUUGCCCAUAGAUUGGGUUUAAUUCCCUUACAAAGUACAGAUAUUGAACAAUUAGAAUACUCUCGUGACUGUUUCUGUGAAGAUCAUUGUGAUAAAUGUUCAGUUGUUUUAACUUUACAAGCUGUUGGAGAAAGUGAAAGUACGACUAAUGUUUAUGCAAAAGAUUUAACAAUUGUAUCGAAUUUAUUGGGACGUAAUAUUGGACAUCCUAUUAUACAGGAUAAAGAAGGAAAUGGUGUCCUAAUCUGUAAAUUAAGAAAAGGUCAAGAAUUAAAACUUACUUGUAUCGCAAAGAAAGGUAUAUCAAAGGAACAUGCUAAAUGGUGUCCUGCUGCCGCUAUAGAAUUUGAAUAUGAUCCAUGGAAUAAAUUAAAGCAUACAAACUACUGGUAUGAACAAGAUCCUGAAAAAGAAUGGCCCAACUCAAAAAAUUGCGAAUAUGAGGAUCCUCCAAAUGAAAACGAUCCUUUCGAUUACAAAGCUAAGGCAGAUACUUUUUACAUGAAUGUGGAAACCGUAGGCUCCAUAUCUGUUGACCAGGUUGUGGUUAGAGGGGUUGACACCUUACAAAAAAAAGUAGCAUCUAUAUUGUUGGCAUUAAACCAAAUGGACCAAGAAAAAGUUAACUAUGCUUCGGGAGCAACUGCUGAUAUGAAUCAAGGUGAUAUAGCAAUGGGUGGCGCUGAACAAGACGCUUUCUAUAGCAACAUGCCUAAUAGUAAUGCAAAUGGCAUUUAUGAUAAUGCAUGGUGA